CACCACGGGUCUCAACGCGCGCGUUCCUCGUUUUGAUCGCGUCACGCCGCCGCGAUGUCCGCCAUGACCGCGGCGCACGCGAGUUUCGUGCGCCAACCCCGGCAUGCGCGGCAUCACGCGCGGUGCGUCGCGCGAGGCGGUGCCGCCGAUAAGAAGGUCAAUCUGGCGCGGCGAGCCGUCCUCGUGGCCCCGAACGCGUCGUCGCCGAAUCGCGCGUCGCCGCACGUCCACCGCACGGCCGGCCGGACGUCCACGUCCACGCACGGCGCGGUGUCGCCCACCAGCGCGGACGUCGCGUCCACGUCCUCCUCCGGCACCGGCUCGUUCGACGACGUCGGGACGGUCGUCAAGAAGAGGGCGAAGAAGAAGUCGAAGCGCGAGCUGGAGCAAGAGAGGAAGGAGAAGCUGGAGAUGGACUCCGAUUUCUGCCGCAUGGUGACGCGGUACGACCCGAGCGUGAUCGAGAAAGAAGCGCUGUCGAAGCCGCUCAGGCUCGCGCGGAGAGGCGCGAAGGUGACCUCCGCGUUCGCGAAGCUGUACUCGAGGAAGCAGGCGCUUCAGGACGCGGACGCGAGGGACGGCGGGAUCCGAUGGGCCACCGCGUUUAAAGACACGCUCACGAGCUUGGGGCCGCUGUUCGUGAAGCUCGGGCAGAACCUCGCGAACCGACCGGAUCUGGUCGACGAGGUGACGAUGGAGGAGCUCACGAGGCUGCAGGACCGCGUCCCGCCGUUCCCUACGGACGAGGCGAUGCGAAUCAUAGAGGAGGAGGCGGGGAGGAAGCCGUCGGAGAUUUUCGAGUACAUCACCCCGGAGCCCAUCGCCGCGGCGUCGAUCGGGCAGGUGUACAGGGCGACGCUGAAGUCCGACGGCACGGACGUCGCGGUGAAGAUAUUGCGACCGGGGACGCGGCCGCAGGUGGUGCUCGAUUUAUACAUCCUGAGAGCCGCAGCGGAGAAGUUUUUCGACGACUUCUCGAGGAAAAACUUGGGGUGCCCGGCGACGUUGCUCGUGGACGAGUUCGCGGAGAAGCUCCUCGAGGAGCUCGACUUUAAACAGGAGGCGCUCAACUUGCGCGACUUCCGCAGGAACUUCAGCGACGACGACAGCGUGCAGAUACCCGGGGUGUACACUGAGUACUCUGGCGAGCGCGUGCUCGUGAUGGACUGGCAGCCCGGGACGCGGUGCACCGCGCCGGGGGCGUUCGAGUCCCCCGAGGCGAUGCGAAUAUUCCUUCAAAACGGCGUCGAGAGCGGUCUGCGACAGCUGUUAGACUUUGGGUUAUUCCACGGCGAUCCGCACCCGGGGAACGUCCUCGCGCUGCCGUCCGGGGACAUCGCGUACGUGGACUUUGGGAACGUCGCGGAGAUCUCGCGCGCGAACCAAGAGUCGCUCAUCGACGCCGUCGUGCACGUCAUGAACCGCGAUUACGACAACCUCGCCGUGUGCUUGAGCGACCUCGGGUUUCUUCAAGCCGGGAGCGACAUCGAGCCGGUCGCGAAAGGGUUACAGGAGGUGUGGGGCGACGGCGCGCUCGCGAACAUGGCGAGCAUGGGGAACUUCUCCUUCCGCGGGCUCACUCGCGAGUUCAACAAGCUCCUGUUUCAGUACCCGAUUCGCGUGCCCGAGCGUUUCUCGCUCGUGAUUCGCGCGUUGCUGACGCAAGAGAACAUCUGCCUGACCUUGGACCCGAAGUUCAACUUCCUCGAGGCUGCGUUCCCGUACGUCGCGCGGAGGCUGCUCACGGACCCGGACCCAGCGCUGCGACUGCGUCUGUUCAAGGUGAUCAUCGUCAAAGGGAAGUUUGACUGGGCACGGUUACGCGAGCUCGUGACCAUGGCCGAGGCUGGGGUGAGAGGCGGGAUCAAGCUUCCUUUGAAAGCCGCGUUCGAGCUCGUCGGGGACACGACGAAGAUGCUCGCGACGGACGGCGCCGCGCGAUCGAUGCUUCUGGACGGGUUACGCGCGGUGCCGAUUCGAGAGCACAUCGCGCAGGCGCUGAGCUUGGGCGCGAUGGUGAUGGGGAUGGCGGCGAAGCACUUCUUCUCGGACAGUAAAAUUUACAAGUUCAUCAAGAGGAACUGGGUCACGUUCGCGUACGACGUGCGAAGGGCGUUCGCGCAGCGGACGUCCUCGGAGCUGCCGCGGCGGUCCGCGUGGCCGCCGCCGCCGGGGAAGGGCGCGAGCGGCGACGGGGAGGGGAGCGAAGGGGACGAUCGCGACCCGAUCGCGCCGGCGACACCCCCCGAGCACGAGCGCGAGCGCGACGACCGCGCGUCCGAGGCCCCCGGCGCGUUCGUCGUCGUGCGCGGGCUCAAGAGCGACGCGGCGAGGCACCUCAACGGCGUCGUCGGCCGCCGCGGCGCGUUCGACGCCUCGCGCGGGCGCUGGGAGGUGCACGUCUUUGGCGGGCUCCAUCGCGGCGACGCGGACGCGGACGUGCGAUGCAAGCCAGAGAACCUCCGCGCGGCGACCGAGGACGAGGUCGUCGCGUCCGUCUCGCGGACGCUCCUCGACGCGAGCCGCGACGCGGCGGCGUACGACGCGCGGCUCGACGGGCUGACCUCGCUGUUCGCCACGGAGGAGCGAUGCAAGCCGCUGUCGAGGGGGCUUCUGUCGCGCCUCGCGUCCGUCGCCGUGGACGCGCUGCGGCGCGAGCUGUCCGCGACGCGCGACGACGCCGCCGCCGCCGCGGCCGCGGCCGCCGCCGCCGCCGCGGAGCUCCACCCGAUGGCGUGCAUGUUCGCGAAGCAAGUCGCGGGCGCGUUCUGCGUCGAGCUGCGCGACCGGCGACGGAAAACCCGCCGCGGCGACGCGCGCGAGGGCGCGCUCGCGUUCCUCGAAGCCGGCGCGCUUCCCCCGCUGACGGUGCUUCUCCACCGAGCCGUCUCCGAGGCGUCGACGGAGAAAAACGUCUUCGACGUCCGCGCGAAGCAAGAAGACCUCGCGAGUCGAGGGUUACCGUACGACCCCGAGACGGUGACGUGCAUCCUAGCCGCGGAGGGCGCGAAACCGACGUCAGCUAGGCGUUUAUUGGACGCCGCCGCCGCGGACACGCUGAAAAUGCUGUGCGACGUCAUGAAGACCGAGGCGCACGCGGCGGCGGCGCUGUCCGACGACGACGUCGAGGACCCGACGUUCGCGCGCGCGUUGCAGAGCUUCUACUCGGCUUGCGGCGCCGCGCGCGAGUGCGACGACGACGACGACGAGAGCGAGACCUUCGCGAUGCUCGAGCACUUCCGCGCGCUCGGGUUGGAGAUCCCGCCCGAGAUCGCGGAGGCGCUGCGCGACGAGCGCGCGACGGCGGCGGCGGCGGCGGCGGCGGCGACCGCGGCGUUCGCGUCGUCGCGCAAGCCGGCGAUGACGCUGUGCGCGCUUCUCCGCGCGUGGGCGACCGAGCUGCGCGUGCGAGAGCGGCUCGGGGUUGAGGUGAUGCCGUACACCGAGGACGACGACGUGGAGUGCGUGCGCGAGGCGAGCGCGAUCGUGGAGCGCGCGAUGAAGCGCUGA